AUGGACCAUGAAGAAGAGUUUUUGAAUACAUUUUUUACACAGGUUACACAACUGUGCUUUGACAAGGCGAAGGAAUCAGUUGAAAAAGAGAGAGAGUCAUGUCGAUUAGCACAAAUGGGACCAUGGGGCAUGUUAUUAACCCUUCUUCCACAAGUGGCAGUAGCAGAACGAUCAUAUGCUGAUUUAGGCUUUCUUCAUACCAAAAAUAAAGGAUUCUUACGAAAAGAUAAUUCCCUUAAAACCAUGUAUGAGUCGUUACGAGCAGAUCUACGGAGAGUUGAAGAAGUAACACGUUCGACAAAUACUAUUGGAGCUAUAGUUGCUGAAGUUUCUAGUCAACUUUGUCAAUUCAUUGCAGCAAGAAUACAACAGAUUGAUUUUUAUGAAAAGGUAUAUAAUAUGAGUGCAAGUGGAAAAGUAAUGAGACAUCCUGAAUUAUUACAAACCAUAACAGCUAUCGCGGAUACUCAUUCUUUAUCAUGUUCUCACCUGGCAUUAACUGCUAUCAAAGCUGCUUUAACUUUGGAAUGUGAGAUUUUGGUGCAAUUAAUAAAAGCACAAAUUGAAAUUCAAAACUGGAGAUUUCUGCCGUCCCUUAUGGCGCUCUAUGGAGCACAAGCUAGAAUGUUAGCUUGGGAACGAACGUUACAAAGCAAAGAGUCUUGGAAGUUGGGUUUUGGUGCUACCUUUCUAAAAGCCAAUCAGCAGCCAGCAUUAUAUCAGUGGUUAGUGAAACUACGAAAUGCUAUUUUAGCAAAGUGUUCCUUAUAUUUUCAUACAACAUUGAGCCAACAAACUAGUCCUGGAGAAAUGAGAAACAUUAUGAGUAAACAGAACGUAGACUACUACCAUAAAUUGCAAAGUUUUCAAAAAAAGUAUGAUGUUGUAGCAGUUUUAUUAGUAUUUGAUGCAAGAGGAACAGAUGAUUUUGGACCUGGAUACAGACAUCCAGAUCGAGAUCCUGAUACUUCAGAAAACUUUCCAAUUGUUGUCAGUUACCCUAGUAUGUUUAUGCAAAAACCCUCAAUUCAUUGGACAAACAUUAGAACAGCUAUUAAGGAGCGUUCUACCGACCUUCAAAAUAUGGACAAAAUCGUUUACACAAAAAGCUUAAAGGAUCUAUGCACAUAUGCCAUGUAUAAUGUAGAUCCUAGGAUGACCCUUGUAACGGUAUUUGAAAGUGGCAAACAGAGGGAUAAGGAGACGUACGUAAGUACGUUUAUGACAGAUCUGUGUAUCCAGCUAAGAUGUGUGAAAAUAUAUGAAUCUUUAAAGUUAUCCAAAUAAUACAAGACUUACGUGAUGGCAAUAAUUUCUAAGUCACCUAAGAAAUGCCACGUGAUGAAGUUCCUGGACAACAAAAAUUGUACAACAUCAGUGAUAAUAGUAAUUUUUAAUCUAUCUUUCUACCGAAUACUUCCACUGUCUUAAUGGUUAUCUAACAGUGAAAAUGUUUAAAUUGCAUUUUUAACUUCAUAUUGGAUGAUGUAAUUCAUUAUUAUAGGGCACUUUUAAAUCGAUUGUCAUUAAUGUCUUAUAUGUAUGAGCUAAAAAUAUUCAAGGUUUUAAUGAAAUGUAUAUGUGUUUACUAGAGUGAUUGAAAUUAAUUAAUAACACAAUGACUGUUUUAUAGAGACGUGUAGUUAAGGUGUUUAUAAUUUAGUCUUCAUUGAACAAGGCAACAUUUCACUUUUAUAAAUUAAAGUACAAUGCAAAUGCUGAGUUAUGCUGCUAAUUAAUGUACUGCUUCAGAAUGAAUUAUUGGAAUAAAACAACAUAUAUUUUUUUA